GGAAGCAUCACAUUGCUACUGUAGACGCCACUUUAGCAGCAAUAAAACCUCCUGGGGUAUAUGGUUACGGCGCAUUUGAUUUUUAUAUUUAAGAUUAACCAAAUGAGAUCUAAACCAUGGCAAAACUAAAGCAAAACUUGAUAUUACCAAAAUCGCUAAAGAAAAUUCCUUUGCUGUUUCUUUUGUUGCUGAUUACUUUGCUUCUUAUAAUUGGAAGCUUCAAUUACGUACACCAUGAUGACUCCGAAGAAGUCGAAGAAGCUUGCAAUGAAAAAAUCAAUCUGGAAAUUUGUUCAGACAAAAUGUAUAACAAAAAUGAUGAUACUUUAGAUAUUAGUGAAAAAAUGAAUGUGAUUCGCGAAGCGAGGAGAAUCGUCAGGAAACAUGGAAUGGUGAUGCUAACCUUUAUGAACAGAGCAUUUGUUCCUUUUCUUACAAAUUGGAUGUGUCAUACUAGGAAUAUGGUAAAUUACUCUCAAGUGUUAAUUCUGGUCACAGACAACUCAGUUUACAGCAAAAUCACCGCGCAGUAUCCGUCCCUUUCUGUUGUGUAUUUAAGUGUCUUCCAUAAAAUUAACGGGAAACAAAGGUACUGCUCUGCGGGCUUCAUGCGUGUCGGGAUAUACAGAAGCAGGGUCGUCAACUGGAUCCUACAGGAAAAUUUCCCCGUCUUUCUCUUUGAGUUGGAUGCAUUGUGGAUAAGGAACCCUUUACCAUUUGUGACAAGCAAAAAGGAAUAUGACCUAACAAUCAUUCCUACCUAUGCCAAAUCAUUCGAAGCAGCCAUUGGGUUUUACUACAUGAGGAAUUCGACUCGAAUGAAAACGUUCUGGGCGGAACUCGUACAUCGUCUAGACGAAUUAGAUACAACAUUUUCAUGUUUAGACAACACAGCUCUUGUAAGAUCUAAAGACAAUGAUCAGAUAGUGUUGAUGGACCUUAUUCUAGAACAUUACCGAAAUAUAGUUAUCUACUUUUUACCACUGAACAGGUUUCUUGAUGGAAAGUGGUACACAAAUCCUAAUUUGGAACAAUUAAAACACGCUUUUAUCCUAAAUUUUAAUUUUAUCAUUGGCAUUGACGAAAAGAUAGCAAGGGCGAAACAAUUUGGACAAUGGUUUGCUGCACAAGAUAAUGUGAGCUGUUUAAGUGAUCAUCGCAAAUACUUGAACCCAGAAUUAUCCACACAACUUGUAUAAUUUACUGUACAAACUAGGUUAACUUUGCAUAAAACUCACGAAGCGUAAAGAAAUGUACCUCGAAUUGUUUGUUGGAAUGAUGAUGUGGCAUAUUGAUCAUUGUUAAAAGGUUUAACAUUUAAAUGCAAAGUUAAGGCUUCAACUAAGCAAUAACAGUUCAGUAAUGAAUUUUUAUAUUUGAAAAGAAAACAGAAAAAUAAACCGGAAAUGAAUUGAAUUAUGUGUGAUACUGUGAAUUAUUUUAUUUUUUGUAUCUAAUUUAAAUGAAAUCGAAAACAUGAGUUGCACUUAAGGUUUCAAUGAGAAUUGUUAUAUUCAAAAUUCAAAUAUAAUCAAUUGAUUCAAUAACAUCUUAGAAUAUGCUUUUUUGAAUAAUCCCUAUCGCUAAUUUUUCAAACGCAUGCUUCAUUGAUUGAACAGAAUAUGUUAUUGAAAAAGAAUAAAACACCACAUAAUGUAUAGCAUUAUUGAUCAUGUGCAAUUUUGUUUUAUGUUCAAAUAAUGUAAUAGAGAUAGUUUUUUAAUAGGUAUAGCAUAAUUUUAGUUUAAAUUUUUUAAACAAAUUAAAAAAUUGGUACUUAUCUUAUUACAGAUUGAUUGCUAUGAUUUCAGUAUUGAAAUGUUUUUAUUGAUGUUUUGAUAUAUGCAUAUAAGUAAGCAUUUCCAUAAAUACUGUAGAUUGGCAAAUAAUCACGAUGGUUUUAAUUUCACUAUGUUCGCGAUUUAAUAUUUUCUUGCGAAAUUAAACCCAUCGUGAAUACUAUCACUAGUUUUAAUAAACAUUGAAAUGCUUAUAUUCUGAUCAAUUGAAUUUUUAAGCAGCGUGAAAUUAAAACCAUCGCAAUUGGAACUUUAGUAAAAAUCGUGAAAAUUCCAUGACACCGUGGAAUUAAAACGACUUACAGUACAUAGGAUUUUAUUUUGAAAUUCACUUAUCCUAUAAAGUAUUAAACAGUUCUUAUCUCAUAAAUAUACAGUGGAGCUUCAGUUAUCUGGAUGCUUUUGUUUAACGCAGCACAGUUAAGGCUGUCAAUAAACUCCGUUCAGACAAAAAGUACGGGAAAUGUGCAUUAUGACAUCACAGUAUAUUACAAACCUCGAAAGUACUUAUUAAUCUAUUUAUUAGUAAAAUUAACUUAUACUAAUCUUUUAAUUAAAAACAACAAAUGCUAUUACUUACAAUUUUGAUGUCUGUUAUGUCGUACACACUGAAAAAUAAGCGAGAUGUCGUUCUCGCUGUACUACAAAAUAUGACGUCAUAUGCUUCAAAAUGACGCAUUAAGGAGGCCGAUUUGGGUUUUUUUGCAGAAAAACUACAAUAGCAUAACUCUUUAUUUUUCAACCAUAUGUAAUUUAAACCAACUCUAGUUUAUUUGCGAAGGUUCAUGAAAAUCGACCGUCUGGUUCAUUUUAGGGACCAUCUCAAAAUAAAGGUACAUUUACUAUAGGAAUAUAUAGGAAACUGUCAUUUUCCGCACAUCAAAGCAGUUUAAAAAAAUACUACAAUAGCUUUUUUUGUCAAAUUGUUAUAUAUGAUUAGUAAUAUCAUUUUCUACCUUAUAUGUAAAAAACACAAAAUUCUACCGUCUGGUUUUUAGUGGGGGCCAUCUCAAAAUAUUAAAAUGCACCAAAUUUUGCUAUAUAUUUGGAUCAUCACGAAUGAUGAUUGGUAUAAUGGAUUCAUUCCAAAAAUGAGGAAAAUAUCCUCGAGGAUAAUAUCAUUCUGUAUAUAAAAUUUCAACAGCGUACAAUUUUUACUUUUUCUUUUAUGUUAUUUCUUAUAACGUACUCCUACAAAGCUUCAUUUUAUCAUAACGUCAUAAAAGUGCAACGGCAAUGCUCCUCUACCGCACAACGUAAAAAUCGUGUUAAAAAUAAAAAUUUCCUUUAAAGAUUUAAAUAUUUAUAUCUGCAUUUUGUUUAUUGUGUUCAAUUUUAUAAAUGAUAUCGAAAAAAAUUCAUAAGAAGCAUA